AUGAAGUUCUUCAGCAUCGCCGCACCUCUUGCCUUGGUCUCUUCUGUCCUGGCCGCUCCCGGAGGCUGGAACGACUGGAACACUGGCCUGACCCAGGGAGAUGCCUUGGACAUUGUCUCCAAAUUCACCCAAGUUCUUUCCCACUCUGAUGUCAAAGCCGCCAACGCAACUGCUCAAGCCUUGAUUGGUGAUGGCUUCUUCGAGAAUUCGGACUCUAUCAAUAUUCUGGCUGGCUUCCCACUGGGCUCUACCACCACCAAUGGCAAGCAGGCUUACAUUAACGGCGUUCUCAAUGCUCCAGGCCUCAAUGGCGCAGAGAACUUGAAGAUCCUGGUGUCUGGCAACAAUAUCCUUUGGUACUGGCGCUUCAACGCAAUCGGAAGCAAGCAACUGCCUGUCAAAGGCUUCAACUUGUUCGAAAUCAACAACAAGAAGCAGAUCACUGGUCUUUAUGUUGAGUUCAACAGCAUUGCUUGGGGCAUUGACACUGGCUACACUACCACCGAUCGUACCGGAAAGACGUUGCCAUUGGCUUAG